AUGUUUUCUCCGCUUUCGAGUAUUUUGACAGAUGAUGCUAGCAACAUUCCCCUGACCCCCAGGCUCUUGCAUGGCUAUUCUGGUUCACUAUACCUUGGUUUCUUCAUUCUAUUAUUCAUCACUUGGCUUGGCAGAAAAUUCAGGAAUAACAAUGGAGGUCCUAAACAAACUCUUAGGUCCAACAAUAGGUCCUUUUUUUACAAGCAGACCCUGUUUUGUUGUGUAGUUCUUGUGCUUCUUAACCUCUUUGUGCUUUUAUUCAACCUUUUUUAUUGGUAUAAAAAUGGUAGGACCAAUGAAAGCAUUAUCACCUCCCAGGAUACUCUUCUGGGAACAUUUGUUUGGUCAUUUGUUUCUUUGUACUUACACACCCAUGUUUCUAACUCCACCGAAUCCUUGUAUCCCAUUGUAUUGAAGGUUUGGUGGCUUUCUUUUUCCCUAAUCUCUUGUUUUUGCCUUGUCUUGGACUAUCUUAACUACCAACAAAAUCAAUACUUGAUCUUGGAGGCUUUGUCUACUUUUGUCAGUCUAUGUCUCUGUUAUGUGGGGUUCUCUGAUAACAUCGAAAAUGGAACUAUAAACCAUUUGUAUCAAAAACCCCUCCUGAAUGAAACUAUAACCCCUUCAACAACCACAACUAUCUUUAGUCUUUUAACUUUCUCGUGGAUUCAUCCUCUGAUUGCUACUGGAUAUAAGAAACCAUUAGACCUUGAAGACGUUCCAGAACUUGACAGUGUCAAUAGUGCAAGAGGAGCCUUUACCGUUUUAAGAAGUAAACUAGAGUCGGGUAAAAGAGAAAAUAGUCAAAUCACUACUUUUGUUCUCGCCAAGGCUGUGAUCUUGACAAUAUGGAGAGACAUAUUAAUCACCGCACUCCUUUCUCUUGUGUAUACUUUGGCUUCAUAUGUUGGGCCUUUCCUCAUAGAUGCAUAUGUAGAAUAUGUAAAUGGAAAGCGAGACAUAAAGGAGGGUUUUCUUCUAGUUUCUGCAUUCAUUGUCGCUAAGAUAGUGGAGUGUUUAGCACAACGACAUCAAGACUUUAAGCUACAACAGGCAGGAAUCAAGGCAAGAUCGGCUUUGGUUGCAACAAUCUACCUUAAAGGUUUGACCCUUUCAUCUCAGUCAAAGCAGGGGGAGUCUAGUGGCGAAAUAAUCAAUUUAAUGGCUGUUGAUGCUGAAAAAAUCGGUGAAUUUAGCCGCUACAUGCACAACCCUUGGCUAGUGAUUCUUGAGGUUGGUUUGGCACUAGCAAUUUUGUAUAAAAAUCUCGGACUUUCAUCACUUGCUGCUUUUGUUGCUACCAUAAUUGUGGUUUCAACCAAUAUACCACUAGGGCGUUUCCAGAACAAGUUUCAACAGAAGCUAAUGAUGUAUAAAGAUAAAAGGAUGAAAACAACUUUUGAAAUUUUAAAAAACAUGAGAAUUCUCAAGCUCCAUGGAUGGGAGAUGAAGUUCUUGUCUAGAAUACAUGAUAUCAGGAGGGAAGAGGCACAAUGGUUGUACAAAAAUGUUUUUACUAUGGCAAUGACUACUUUCUCAUUCUGGGUUGCACCCACUUUUGUAGCAAUUUCCACUUUUGGGACAUGUAUUCUUGCUGGUAUUCCACUUGAUUCAGGGAAGGUAUUAUCUGCUCUUGCAACAUUUAAAAUUCUUCAAGAAUCUGCUUUAGAUCUUCCGCAAACAGUAUCUAUGAUAGCACAGACUAAAGUCUCACUUGAUCGAAUUGCAUCGUUCCUUCGUCUUCAAGACUUAGAUUCUAAUCUAGUGGAAAAGCUCCCAAUAGGUAGUUCCGACACUGCAGUUGAGAUCAUCAAUGGGAAUUUUUCAUGGGACGUGACAUCAGCAAAUCCAACAUUGAUCGAUAUAAAUUUCAGAGUUGUUCAUGGAAUUAGGGUUGCUGUGUGUGGCACUGUUGGGGCUGGAAAAUCGAGCUUAUUAUCUUGUAUUCUAGGAGAAGUGCCUAAAUUAUCUGGAAAUGUUAAACUUUGUGGGUCAAGGGCUUAUGUUGGUCAAACGCCAUGGAUUCAGAGUGGAAAGAUUGAAGAGAAUAUAUUAUUUGGUAAGGAAAUGGAGAGAGAAAGGUAUGAUAAGGUUCUUGAAGCAUGCGCUUUGAAGGAAGAUCUUGGAGUUUUAUCAUUUGGUGAUCAAACAGUUAUAGGAGAGAGGGGAAUCAAUUUAAGUGGUGGACAGAAACAGAGGAUACAGAUAGCACGUGCGCUUUAUCAAGAUGCUGAUAUUUACCUUUUUGAUGAUCCAUUCAGUGCUGUUGAUGCUCAUACAGGAAGCCAUAUCUUUAAAAAAUGUAUGCUGGACUUCUUGAAAUCAAAAACCGUGAUUUAUGUCACACAUCAGGUGGAGUUUUUACCUGAUGCAGAUCUCAUCCUGGUUUUGAAGGAUGGGAGAAUUACUCAAGCUGGAAAAUACGAUGAUAUUGUCAACACUGGAAGCAACUUUAUAGAACUUGUUGGUGCACACAAAGAAGCUUUAUUAGAAAUGGGGAAGAAAUUAGCAUCUGAUAUAAAGGAUGCGAAUGAAAACAAAAGAAGCCAAGGCACUGUAAAGAAUCAUAUCCAAGAGGAGAAUGUAAACAGUCAAAAGGGUAAAGAAGUUUACUCGAAUGGGAAGAAGAAGCAGCUUGUGGAAGAAGAAGAAAGAAAAAAAGGUAAAGUUGACUUGUCUUCCUAUUUGAAAUACCUUACAAUUGCAUAUGGAGGAGCACUUGUGCCAUUGGUAUUGUUAGCACAAAUUACAUUUGAGGUCCUUCAAAUAUCGGGUAAUUACUGGAUGGCUUGGGCUUCUUCUGCAUCACAAAGUAUUGAAGCUCGUGUUGGAGGCUCUAAGCUUAUUAUUGUUUAUGUGGGUUUUGGAAUUGGAUGCGCUUUCUGUGUUCUAACUAGAGCAAUGCUUGUUAUGAAAGCUGGAUAUGAAACAGCCAACAAGCUGUUCUACAAAAUGCAUUUUUGUAUUUUUCGUGCCCCUAUGUCUUUCUUUGAUUCAAACCCAUCUGGACGAAUUCUAAAUAGAGCAUCUACAGAUCAAAGUGCAGUGGAUGUAAAAUUAGCAGAUACAAUGAUCCUAUUUGCUGCUGUGGUCAUACAACUUUUUGGCAUUGUUAUAGUUAUGUCGCUUGGUGCUUGGCCAGUGUUCCUUUUUUUCAUUCCCAUGAUUGGAAUUUGCAUCCGCUUACAGCGAUAUUACAUACCUUCAGCACGAGAACUUGCACGAUUGGUUGGAGUAAGCAAAGCCCCAGUCAUACAACAUUUUUCUGAAACGAUAUCCGGAUCAACAACAAUCAGAAGCUUCGAUCAGAAUGGAAGAUUUGAAAACAGGUGCUUGAAUCUACUUGACAAUUAUUCCAGACCAAAUUUACAUGUAGUUGGUGCGUUGGAUUGGCUAGGGUUACGUUUGGAUAUGUUGUCCUCUUUGAUGUUUUCCUUCACUCUAAUUUUUCUAGUCUCUAUUCCUGAAGGAACUAUCAAUCCAAGUACUGCUGGCUUAGCAGUGACGUAUGGACUAUAUUUGAAUAAAUUACAAGGUUGGGCAAUUCAAAAACUUUGCAACGUGGAAAUAAGAUUUAUAUCGGUUGAAAGAAUAUUUCAAUACUGUUGUAUACCUAGUGAGCCUCCUCUUGAAAUAGAGUCAAAUAGACCUGAUAGUUUCUGGCCCUCACAUGGAAAAGUUGAUAUCAUCAAUCUACAGGUUCGAUACGCCCCACACAUGCCACUUGUGUUGAGAGGUAUUACAUGCAGUUUCCAUGGAGGUAGAAAGACUGGAAUUGUAGGGAGAACUGGAAGUGGUAAAUCUACACUUAUACAAACAGUGUUUCGUAUUGUUGAACCUAUUAGUGGGGAAAUUGUGAUAGAUGGGAUCAACAUAUCAUCAAUUGGACUCCAUGAUUUACGAUCUAGAUUAAGCAUAAUUCCUCAAGAUCCAACCAUGUUCAAUGGAACUGUUCGAAGCAACAUGGACCCACUUGAAGAAUAUACCGAUGACCAGAUUUGGGAGGCUCUUGAUAAAUGCCAGGUUGGAGAUGAGGUUAGAAAGAAGGAAGGCCAACUUGAUUCAACAGUUACUGAAAAUGGAGAGAAUUGGAGUAUGGGUCAAAGGCAACUGGUGUGUCUUGGACGUGUGCUACUCAAGAAAAACAAGAUUUUGUUUCUUGAUGAGGCCACUGCAUCAGUUGAUACAGCAACAGAUAACAUGAUACAGAAGACUCUUAGGCAACACUUUUCAGACUCCACUGUCAUAACAGUUGCACAUCGGAUCACCUCUGUUGUCAACAGUGACAUGGUUUUAGUUUUACAUGAUGGUCUGAUUGAAGAAUAUGAUUCACCUACGAAGUUGCUAGAAGAGAAAUUAUCUGCUUUUUCCAAGCUAGUUACUGAGUACAGUGUGAGGUCGAAUUCUAGUCAUACAAUUAGUAAUUGUAGUUAG